CUUUGAGGCUUAUGGAGUCACACAUUAUGAUUGGAUGCCUGGAGGAGCUGUGUCCUUGUGUGUGGGAGACAAAGUGUCACGGGUUCUACCACUACCGGCGCCUGCCUCACCUUGGCGAGAGCUGCAAGGGCUUCUUCAAGAGGACAGUGCAGAACAACAAGAGGUACACAUGCGCGGAGAACCAGGAGUGUAAAAUCGACAAAACCCAGAGGAAGAGGUGUCCCUUCUGCCGCUUCCAGAAGUGCCUCAACGUCGGGAUGCGGCUAGAAGCGGUGCGCGCAGACCGCAUGCGUGGGGGCAGGAAUAAAUUUGGCCCCAUGUACAAGAGAGACAGGGCCUUGAAGCAGCAGAAGAAAGCUUUGAUACGAUCCAGCGGCUUCAAGCUGGAGAGCGCCGCUCCUCCGCCGGCUUCUCCGCUGCAGAGCGACUACGGCUUCACCGGAACCCUGCACAGCCUGCCCACCAUCUCCAAGAGCCUGCUGCCCUCCACCCCGAGCUCCAUCACCCCCACAGACUACGAGACCAACCUCUAUGGACCCCCGUCCCUGGGCAUGGCCAUGCAGUCCCACCUGCCCCUCACCACUCAGUACCAGUACCCAGCCUUCCCUGGCAGGGCGAUUAAAGCCGAGUGUCCCGACUACACCAGCUCCCCUGAGUCUCUGACAGGAUACCCCUACCCAGACAUGUACCCCUCGGCCUCGCCUCAGCCCCCCAGCCUGCCUCCGCUAGUGCUGGAGCUGCUGCGCUGUGACCCAGACGAGCUGGUGGUGCAGAACAAGAUCGUGACCCACCUGCAGCAGGAGCAGAGCGGCCGGGCUCGGCUGGACAAGCCCAGCACCUUCAGCCUCAUGUGCCGCAUGGCCGACCAGACUCUGUUCUCCAUAGUGGAGUGGGCCCGGAGCUGCAUCUUCUUCAAGGAGCUCAGGGAAUGAAUCAAAACUGAAAGGUGAACUUCAGAAAGACUGAACCCAGAGAGCUGUCAGAAUGAAGCUGAGCGUUCACACACACCUUUAG